AUGCUACUGUCUCUGCCGACGUCCCUCCUCGCUCUCCUCUUCGCUUCGCCUGUGCUGUCGGGCCCGACUACACCGAAUGACCUCUUUCAUGACAUAGCGGUGCUUGCGCGCAAGCAGCCAGAAGAGCCGGUGUGCUGCUUGCGGCCCCUCUCUCCUCUGGAAUCUCCCUCGGAAGAUGACCUUCUACUGUCGUUUGAGGAGUGGAAGGCUAAGCGGUUGUCAGACGCAACGGAGCGGGAGCCUACCUCUGCACAAUCAGCACCACAGAGACCCGCUGAGAAUGCCUCCCAGGCGGUCGUCCCGGACGCUACUCCGCAACAUACCGACGCUCAAGGCUCCAUACCCUCCGAUGUCCAGGAGAGCGGAACAGCACAGGAGGUCGUGCCGUCACACCUGCAGAUUCCAAUUCACGACCGCUUCAAUUAUGCCUCCCUCGACUGCUCAGCACGCGUGCACGCAGCACACAAGACCUCGAAGUCUCCCUCAUCUAUCCUCUCGUCGAAGAAGGAUCGAUAUAUGCUCAGUCCUUGUGCGGAGCAGAAGCAGUUCGUGAUCGUAGAGCUCUGCGAGGACAUCCGGAUCGACACCGUGCAGCUCGCGAACUACGAGUUCUUCAGCGGGGUCUUCAAGGACUUCACUGUGAGCGUGUCGAAGAAGUACUACCCGAAUGACCCGGAGAGCUGGACUUUUGCGGGCACGUACCGAGCGAAGAAUGCGCGUGGGGUGCAGUCGUUCCACCCUCCGCCGACGCUACGCGGUUUCUACCGCUUCAUACGGAUCGACUUCCACUCCCACUAUGGCAACGAGUACUACUGCCCUCUGUCUCUGCUCCGUGUCUACGGUCUUACACAUUUGGAGGAAUGGCAAUGGGAAACGUGGGAUGCGGAGAGCCGUGCGAAACGGUCGAUAGAGGAGGCGAGCUCGCCUGUGGAGGUCCUCGCUGAACCGCCUAUGCCCCUACAUGCCCCCGUUCUGGAGCAGCAAGUCGAGGAGAAGAGCGGUUCUCCGUCAGUGGUGUCUGACGAUAUCCCUCCUUCACCGGGGUUCUCUACCGAGUCUGUGGCCACUGUCACCUCAGACUCCCUCCCUUCUGCCCAUGACGGCCCCUUACCUUCGUCGUAUACUUUGGAGACGAUCCCGAAGACGGCGGACCUACACGUCGGUGCCCAGCAUCAAGCACACACAGAGACGCUCUCGUCCACACCCAAAACCUCUGCCCCUGCGGACAGCAUGCCUAAUGACCCCUCACGACCCCCAACCGACUCUCUGUACAACACCAAGACCGCCACGAUUCACUCCUCCGCCAGUGUGUUCCUGUCGCAAUCUUCACUGGCUUCAUCAUCUUCCCACAUUCAAUCUCAGAACCUCUCCACCGCAUCUGACAAUCACUCAACUAUAUUUAUCGACACUCACUCGGAUUCUAGCUCUCACUCUGCAUCUUCUCAUUCCUCAUCGAAUCGCUCUUCCGCUGCGUCACCCCACGUCUCUUCUCUAUCAGUCGUCUCCUCUUCAUACUCUCCUCCCGCCCCGCCCGCCCCUCCUGCAUCGACCGGUGGAGAAUCCAUCUACCGCCUGAUCAUGAACCGUCUCACCGCCCUCGAAGCGAACACGACCCUCUACGCCCGAUACGUCGAAGAACAGACCGCAGGUAUGCGGGAAGUACUUCGACGGCUGAGCGAGGACAUCGGUCGCCUGGAGAGCAUUGGAAAGACACAAGCUCAGUUGUACCAGCGCUCUGUCGUCGAGCUGGAGAAGCAAACUCGGAGACUAGAAAGCGAGCACAAGCAGUUGGUCUCACAUGUUAACCAUCUCACCGACGAGGUCGUGUUGGAGAAACGCCUCGGCAUCGCACAAUUGUGCCUCCUCCUGACUGUACUUGUCUUUUUGGCACUCACGCGCGGCUCGAGGGGCGAGGUUGUGUACCCCAAGCGUGGCUCGACCAUGCGAGAGUGGGGUCGUCGAACGCUGAGUAUCAGCGGAGACUGGGUCAGCCGUCUACGAACUCGCAGUACGACUCCCCCGCGGCAGCCCGGACAGAAACCUGGAGAGAACGAAGUCGCUUUCCCCUCUCUAGACAUGCAGGCUGUCGAUCAACUAUCGCGCAGUAAUCGCCGAGCACCAUCGGUCUCCAACGGUACUCGCAGACAUGCCGCCCGGGCGCAUACACCCACCUCCCACCGCACCCCCACCUCCCGGCACGCCAUACAUCACCGAGCCGUGCCAUCCUCUCCCUCUUUCCACCUCCCUCGGCCCAGCAUUCAACGCUCGAGCUCAGGGAGCAUGACACUUGGUUUCGGCGGCAUAGGGCCUGUGCCUAAGUCGGCCAAGCGCUGGGCGCGUAGUGCGCACCUACACGAAGUGAAGGGCGCCACCACGUCCUCGCCAAGCGUGGAGGGUCUGCGUCGUCGGAAGUCUGGCGAGGCGACGCCUCUCGCGUCCAUGCCUGCAAGUGAUGCAGACACAGAGGACGUCUUCAACCCACCGUCACAAGCACAGGUCCUCACCAUUCCCUUCCUCGACGGCUCGAAUACUAUCAGUAAAGGCAAGGCGCGAGCUAUCGGGCUUCAACCGCUCCGACAACCCUCACCUCUACGGGCAUCCCCUGUUAUCGACCUCGCAUCACCCCCACCACCCGCACGCGGCCGCGGUUUAGGGAGACGCCCUAGUCAAGCGGAGUCCGAGGUGAGCGAGGGAGACGCCUGGGUGGAUACGGACAUGGACGGUUCGGAAUGCGAUCUGGCGAUGGGCUCGGACUCGCUCGGGCGCGAACGGACAUACACUGGGCCUUCGGCGAAUAGCUCGCUUUAACCGCGCGGGAUCUCCUACAGGUCGUUGAUUCGUGUACAUGUUCUUGUUUGUGGCCAAUUCUACUUCUG